AUGGGACCUGAAUGGAUGAAAGAGUUAGCUCAAGGUUUCGAGGAUAUAUGCGAUAAAGCUUUGCCUUCUACUACUUAUGAUGCCAUUGUGGAUGCUUAUGAAACCAAUCUCAUGAUUGAGUGUGAACCAGAGUACAUUAUGCCGGACUUUGGAUCGAAUCCUGAUAUUGAUGAGAAACCGCAAAUGCCUCUGUGUGAGUGUAUUGAGAAGGUGAAGCCUUUCAUAGUGGCUUACGAGGGAAUCAAGGAUCAAGAAGAAUGGGAGGAAGCAGUUGCUGAAGUGAUGGCGCAAGCUCCACUUAUUAAAGAGAUUGUUGAUCACUACAGUGGUCCUGAUCGUGUAACUGCUAAGAAACAGAACGAGGAACUCGAUAGAAUUGCUACAACAAUUCCCAAAAGUGCACCUGAUUCUGUGAAAUGCUUUGCAGAUCGUGCAGCGCUUAGUCUUAAGAGUAAUCCUGGUUGGGGAUUUGACAAGAAAUAUAAGUUUAUGGACAAGCUCGUUUUAGAGGUGUCGCAGAGCUACAAAUAG